CCAUUUGGGCUCUGAAAAAAGUAAAAAGUUGAGACCUAAAGCCUGUCUACUUUGAAAGGUUUGUUUAGGAAGCCACAUAGCUUGUCUGGAAAACAAGAUGGCAAGUCAGAAGAAGAAGAAGCCAUUCUUCACUUGGAUGCUCAUUCUAGGAGCUUGUGCUGCAAGGGAGACCCAGGACGCCCACCACAGGCAUGACUUCUAUUUCACCGCAACUGGCAGCUCAGGGUCAUUCUUGGACUUCAUUGUGAACAGUGUUGUGGAUGAUGUUCAGCUGUGCUCCUACCAUAAAGAGAAGCAUCAGCUUGUGAUGAAGGAAGACUGGAUGUACCAAGCCCUGGGAGCCAGUGAGAUUGCACAGAAACAGCAGAAAUUGCUGGACCUUGAAAAAAAUUUCCAAUGGGCUUUCAAGAACCUGAUAAAGAAUGAGGCCAAGAGUGGAAAGAACCACACUCUACAGGUGUUUGUAAAUUGCGAAGUGGACAAGGACAUCCUGGUGAGCAGCCACUUCCAGUUUGCUUUGGAUGGUGAGGAUUUCUGCCAGAUGGAUGAACAACCAGAGCAUUGGAUAGCCAUGAAGCCUGAAGCCCAGCACUUCAAGUUCCUCUGGGACAGCGCCUUCUGGAAAAGACGGGUGAGACACUAUAUACAGGAAGAUUGUAUUGACGGCAUGAAUAAAGUUCUACAGCAUUCAAGCAUGAGAGAAAAUGUUCCCCCUGAGGUGACAGUAUCCCGAUAUGAUGCUCCUGAUGGAAGAGUUACCUUCUCCUGCAGAGCCACUGGCUUCUAUCCCAGCUCCAUUUUGCUUCACUGGGAAAAGGAUGGAGCACUGGGUGUGUGGGGACAGGAGAGCUCCAGUGGUACACUGCCCAAUGCUGAUGCCACCUUCUAUCUCCAAGUAACACUGGAGCUUCCACCUGGUGACCCUGGGACAGGUUACACCUGUGUGGUAGAGCACAGUGAGCUAGAGACUCCAGCCAUGUUCCCAGUCCCUGGGAAGCCACAUAUGGAGAGGCCUUCGGUGAUCGCCAUGAGCAUCCUGGCAGUCAUCAUCGUGGUACUGAGCUGUGCUGGGGCUUUCAUCAGGUGGAAGAAAAGGAAGACAGGAAUGAUCAAUGAGCUGGAAGGACCUUUGCCUUCACCUCCUGCAAUUCCUCUUCAAUAGAAUAAUGUGGGAGACCAAUAGGCUUUCUGCACUGUCCCUUCAUGGAUAUCUAGCACCUACAGAGAUGAAAGGGUCAUGGUUGGAAUCCUAUGGCUACCUCUACAACUUCCACCAUGAUCUGAACCAUCUGUGGAGUCUUCCCACAAUAGAUGUUCUCUGGCCUCCAUUAGUGCUGGGACUGUCAAGGUAUAUCCACCUUCUGGAAAUUACAAUAGUGGAUCCACCCUAUAUUAUAGUUCACU